AUCGCAGCGCAUUCCACUGUGAGCGAGAUGUGACCGCUGUGUGGACUUUAUGUCUCCGAACCUUUUCCAGCCGCGAUUUUAAAGGAAUAAAAUGUCCAACUUGAAGGAGUCCAGCACUUGUCCGGACGGCUACCGGGCUCUGAGCACCGGCGAGCUGCGGGAGCUUUUACAAAACGACGACAAAAUGGACCAAAUCAUUCGCCUCAAUGAGAAGUUCCAGGAGCUUCAAGUGGACAGGGAGACGUUGCUGACCACCAACCGGAGCGUGGCCGAAGAGAGCCUCGCCCGGCGACCCCGCCUUAAUAACGGCAAACUCCAACUGGCAGAGAAAUACCGGGAACUGUCCAACCUGGCAACCACAUGCUGGGAAAAACAGAGUCAGCUUGAGGCUCAUGUCCAGAAGCGCAGCCUGCAGACGGCGCAGAACCUCCUGCAGGAAGAAGUGGCACGUGCUGAGGAGCAUUCAGAGGAGCUGCUGGAGAAGUUCAUGGAGGGAAACGUAAGCCUGGAUGAGUUCUUGGACUCCUUCCAAAGCUCCAGGAAGACGUAUCACAUCCGCCGGGCUCAAGCGGAGAAAAUGCAAGAGCUCGCUCAAGCAAAGAAGCAGCCGGGCAAAACCAAGAGGUCGGAAGAGAGCAAAGUCCCGGAGGUGAAGAAGGACUCAGAGCUGCCACAGGAGCCUCAGCGGCCCAACGGAUUCGUGGCGCAGGGACCUCUCAGAGUGUUCCAAGUCCGCUAUGGCCUCACGCCGGCCAUCCUCCUCCCUCAUUACCCUGUGUCCCCCCCUGCCUCGGCUCCAGGCCAUCAGAGUAGUACCCCCACUCCGGAACCCCACCUGGGACAGACCCACAUUCUGAGCCCCAGCACCCCGCUGCCGGGACACGGCCAGCCGGUCGGCCUCAGGGUCAUCGGACAGCUAUCAGGCGGCUGGCCGGCUAACGGGCGGCCGGUGCGAGUGCAGCAGCUUUACAGGCCGAACCCUCAACAGCCCGAACCGCCGUACCGAUAAACCCCAAGAGCGGGGAGGAGGAUGAAAAGCCGGCUUGAGAGGUCUUCCGAGACGUGGAAACAAACAGUGGGUGUCACAAUCACGUAAGCAAAGACUGAUCAAGAGACAGGCAGCACUGCAGACGCCCGUUUCUGUUCUCCAUCCAUGACACACAAAUGUAACCAUCAAGGGAAGCAGAGCAGAGGUAGUGAGGCGGCAGACCACGGAGACAGGCAGGACUAGGGAUGGGCGGCGAUAGCUACUACCAGGCCCCAUAAACCAGUCUGUUAGAUCUCUCCUUAUUCUUUCUCAUUAGUGGAAAACACCCAGGCGGCAGCUUCUUAUAUCUGCUGAAAAUGACAGACCUCACCGGCUGCAGCUUAUCUGAGCUGCAGCUAAUAAAAGUUUAUUUGUUAGCGGCUAAAGUGGUUCAGCCAAAGAUCAGAGCUUGUGCAAGAACAUUUACAUUUUUCUGUGACAAGUCUCCAUAAAACUGUUCCGCGAUGCAUUCACCACACACUCCAGACUGCACAGACUUGUGUUCAAUUGCUUGUUUCAGUCUGUUGUUGGGGAAGGUUUAAAAAAAUAUCAUUAAUUGAUUACCGUAAAAACAUUACCAAAGAAGAAAAAUCACCUCUCAGACCUGAAAAAAUAAGAGUAGUGGAAUUAGAGGCCCUGAAACUAUUGGAAAUAUUAAUAGUAAACAAACAACUGUGACAGAAAUAAAGACUGCCUUUAAUAUGAUACCAGAUGCUAAAAACGUCUUUCUAAAGCCGAGCUGCCCUUCCCUGAAAUUCAAGGUCAUAUGACAGUUACAGAAAUAUCCAAGCCCUUCUCAGACAUGUGACACUGGCAACUUCAUCACAUUCAUAAUAUAUUAAUAUUCCUCAAAGCUUUAUUCAGAUGCAUUAGCUGUUUCCAUACUGUAUUUUGAAGUGUAUUUUGAAGUGUUACAACAGGAAAUGUACAUAAACAGAAAAAUUCCAAUUUCAAAAGAAAGUAUUUGUACUCAUUUGAGGUAGCUCUUGUCUUUUUUUAAAAGAAUAGUUGAUACAAAAUGGGAGAUGGAAAUUACCAUUUACCUCAUAUGACUGAUCAGCUGCCUCUGCUUGUUUCGUUGUCUCUGGACAUCAUGAAUUAUUGCCAGUAACAGCUCACGUGAAGUAAUAAUUUAAAACUUUCCCAAAAUUAAACAAUCUCUGAAGACUUCUCUCCAUUUUUCUCAUUUUUGUCUUGAGGUGUUUUUGCACACAGUUGGUUCUGUUUUCAACUUCUAUUUGUACUAAUUUUGGCGGCAUUUCAAAAAUUCACUUCAAAUUCGCUUGACAACUACACGGAAGCACAGUUUUCGCAUGAGAUAUUGCAGUAAACCAGAAUUCAAGCAGCAGCUAAUACACACAAGAUUAAAUCUAAACCAAACGGUAGGCCUAUCAAACUAUCCAACUAACUGUGGAUGGAUAGAAAUCAAUAAUAGCAAACAGGAGUUACAACUCAACAACAAUUCUAUGAUGUUAAUAUUAAUGUUUGCAAUAAUGCUGCUAUAAAGACUGGAAAAUUUCUGUUAAUGCAGCUGAAUGCAGUUUAGACCAGUGCCGUGUUGAAAAUGAUCUAAUAAGAUUGCUGUCUUGACUUUUACAGAAAAGUGAGCAGGGAGCUGACAUGUUUAGAUGCCGUCACAUUAAUGUAAAGGAGUGCAUGUCUGAGAGGGGCUGUAGCCUGCAAAAGUGGUGUUACACUGUCAGGUGUUACAACAAAAGGUGACAAAAAAUCUGCAAAAAGCACCCGAGGCAGCUGUUAUAUGAGAGAAUUUCCUCACAACUACUGAAACGUACACAGUUGUGCUCAAAUGUACCCAUAAAACCCUCCAAAAAAAUGUAAAUAAAUUGGGAUUCACUAUAAUUACACUGUAUAAAUUAAUGUUUUACCUCAGCUAUUUUUGGCAUCAUGUUUAAAAUUCACGUUCAUUCAAAUCCAGGUCAAAUAUGUGUCUUUCCCUCUGUGGAAAAAAAUCCCAACAGUGUGUCAGACCACUUGUGAAUUACAUUCACAGGAAAGUCGCUCAUCUGUGCCGCUUAAGAAUAAAUGGGAGGUUUGUGCACGAGUCCCGUUGUUUGUCAGCGCAUCACUCUGCAACACAACUUUUCAGCCGCUGUGGAUUGUGUUUUCAUACUUUGCAGUUUCUCUGCAGUAGUGAUGAGUUGAUUAACAAGCGCCUCAUUAAAAUGCCUUGAAUACUUCCAGUGAGUAGCUGGUGAAGUACAGUAGCCUGUGGCUGUUAAUUCAGUGUGUCAGAUACAUUUAAUUACAUUUCAUAUGUUAUGCAGCUUGUCUCAUUUCCAUUAAUUAGGCUGUCGAUAAAACCUGUAGUGUUUCUGCUUUCUCAGUCAACAAAAGCUGAUUAAACAUCUCAGAGUUGUUAUUUUAACCUUUAGUUUCUGGAGGUAAGAUUCAACUCGGGGCUGGAUUUUGACAAAACGCUAUCGAACCUCAUCCCUAGUGAGAAGUUUUUAUUGUUAUUCCUAAUUAUUUUUUAUAUUUCACACUGAUGGAUGUGAAGCACAGGGUUGUGAAGCACAUCUACGCCGCCGGAGAGGGAGAAAAAAAAAAAGGAUCUCAUUGUUCAUUCAUUCAGCCGAGGACAAAGGGAGGCUUUGUGAGAUUCGAGGAGUCAUCAAAAUGAAUGAUGACAUCAAUAAAGUGGCGUUUAAUAUAAACUCUCAUUGUUUUUCAUCUGAUCAAACAAAGCAGUGACAUUCAUACUGGAGUCAUUCCCGAGAUCAUGAAUGCUGAUACGAGAUCACUGCCCAGCAAAUAUAAAACAAAGAGCAGAGCAGGUGGUAUUUAUUAAUAAUUCCCAGACUACAACCUGUCAAUAGUAUUUGCAGUGUCAUGUGUGUUUGAAUCACGGUCAAUUACCCAAAGCCUUCUGCCUUCUUGUGCGAUUUCAUUAACAGUGUUGCAGCUCACACCAGUGAGCAGUUUAUUUAUUCAUGUAAAUCCUGUUUUAAAUGGCUGACUUCAAAGCGUCUUGUUUACCGUGCUAAAUGAAGAGCUGCUUCUCCUUUCAAGGCAGCCAGUGUUUUUAUUUCUCCCUCCAAGUGAGCUGCAGAGUGAGGGGAAUUUAAUCUCUAUGAGAAUGCCAGCACUCUGCAAGCCCACAGUCCAAUCGUGAGGAGCUUUAGGAGGUUUCCUUCUUCAUUUCACUCUCCUUUUUCCUCAUCGUCCGUCCUGCUGCCUUUAAAGGGAAAAGCUUCGGAUUGUAGUUGCAACGAUUCUGUUCUUGAACGUACAUUUCGCUCAUUAAUAACUCAUAAGUGCAUGCUUACUACAGCUUGACAAAGUACAUGAAAAUGCCUUUUACAGGCCAGUGCCCAGUUGCAUAAAACAUCUUCCGCUGUAAGGAAAUCGUUGUUUUAAUUUAGCUUGGAAAACAUCUUUAAAUAAGUAAGGAUGUGUUUCAAGGCUCUGAGGAUUUCUUUGAAGGGGAAAUCCCAUGUUUUUGUUUGUUUUUUUUUUCAACUAGGGUUACAUUUUUGUAGGUUCAGCCAUCGUUUCUGUCUAAUAACAUCCACAAAAUCAGCUGCAGGGAUCCUUAAAUAUAUUUCCAUUACUGAAAAAACUGGUGCAAAUUAAAAAUUUCUGGUGAAAAUUAUACAGAUUUCCUCUAAUAUCAUUUGUUACUCUGCAGUGCAGACAACUUUUCUUUGGUCUUUUCUCUGAAAUGUUAAUCUUUGCAUCCCAACAAGUAAAACAAGGCCUUGCUAGAAAGCAACAAAAGGUCACUUACAGAUGGUGCAUUACCUGGAAUUUAAAUUGACCGACCAAUUCUGUACCGUCUGUCAAAAACAUGCGGCUUCUGUUACAAACUAAUGAGCUAUAUACAUAUUUUUUUUAAUUAUUAGUCUCUUUUUCUGGGUGUCUAAUUGUCUGUUUUGCUUUUCGUGAUCUUAUUUAUUAAUGAGUAGUCUGGCAGGUUGUAAAGAAAGUUAACCAGACUUUUUUGAAACGGAAAAUGAUUGUUGCUCAAAAUCUCAGUGUUGUUAUGACCGAUUAAAAUGAUGGCUAAAACUCUGACAAAAAAGACCUGUGUGUCUUUUUGAAAGUCUGUCUUCAGGUGUGCAAACAUCCUGAACAAUGACAAUGGAAAAAUACCCUCGUGGUAUUUUUUUAAUUGGUGAAAAAGAUGGAAUAUGCUACAAAAAGGUUCAGUAACUGUUAAAACGGAGGAUUAUAUUUUGUUUGUUGACUGCCUGAGUCAAACUUCAGCAUCAUCUUCUUCGGCUGGAUUGUUAACUCAUUCUUUAUUGCUUGUAAUUUCAUUUAAUGUCAUGCCUUUUGAUCACAUGGUUUUGGUUUAUCCUUAAUGCCUCUUUUAGUGUGCACAUUAUUAACACACACCAGCAAAAUGUCAAAAUGACUGGAUUUUUUUAUAUAUAUAUUUCUUAUAACUUCCUUUAAAGGAACAGGAAUACGUUUUGGGAAAUAUGCGUAUUGUAUUUGCUUUAUUUUAGUUUAAAAAUAUUGAAGUCGGAAGUCUGUAGUAAUAUGAAGUCAGAACCAGGAACCAGUUUCACAAAGAUGUUGCUGACUUGUGUAUGAUGUUUAAACUGUUCUCAUAGAUUUAUCUACUAUACGUUAAUUUAACUCCAGGAUAAGUUACAACUAGGAUGUUUCCAAACUUCCAUUUAUUAUCUUUAGCACCAAAUCCUUAUCAUUUAGCCUUUUGUGUUCUGUUCCAAUCAGCAUCUUGCAAAGGCACAUUUUUUACGUCUUUUUGAAUGUUUUUCGUGCUCUUGUUCAUGGUAGGAUCAAUACUGUUUACUGCCAUUACUCUUAAAUGCUGAAUUUUCCCAGUAACACAUCCUCAAAAAUGUUAAAUUCCUCCAAACCGCAGAUGUUUUGAACAACGGUGGACAGAGUUGAGUGGUUUUUGGUUUGAAAAAUUGUCCAGAAUUCAUCACAAAUCCGUUCUAUUUUUGCAACAGAUAGCCGUACACAUCUUUUAUGGAGAUUAAAUUCAUACCCAAAGAUUAUCUUUGUGAAUCUGGCCAGAGGAGAUGGUUAGCUUUACUCAGUUUAGUUUUAUUCCACCCUGUUUCUAGUCUUUGUGCUAAGCUAAGCUAACUAGCUGCUGGUUGUAUGUGCUUGGUGUGCUGAAAAAGCAUGUUUCCUGAAAUGCUGAACUCUUCCUUUAACAGAAACAUUAAUGUGAGAAUGAGAAAGAAAUAAACCUGUGAUGCAGCUGGGCACUGGCUCCAACCAAACCUGCAGCUGUGCGUCCACUCAGGGUCUUAGGGAGGAAAAAACUGCAGUGAUGCUUCUUAACCUGUAGCACAGAAGACCCAGGUGCUGGUGAGCUUGUACCCAUGGAAGUCAUGUUGCUCCCUUUUUACAGGAUGCUCUGCCCAUAACCAUAACAUCAAAUCACCUCCUCAGACAUGCCACUGCUGCGGGGAGAUUUUUCCGAAUGAACGCUCAAAAAUGCUGUUACUGCUCAAAGUCCUGACGGUGAUUUGUGUUUUUUUAACUUGUAACAGUGCCGUCUGAAUCCUCCAAACUCACCGGGGUUUUAUUCAGACAUGAUGGACGCUUAUGUGUUUGGAAUAUUCUGAUGUAAAGUGCUUGUUUCUGCGA